UCCACAGAAAAUUUAAUUUGUAGCAUAAAAAGGUAGUUGCACAACUUUAUGAGUCCAAUCUGGGUGUCACUACAACUCAUAAAAAGUAUGUACAUAAUGAAGAUUAAUAGAUGUCACACUUGUUCACAUGUGGUUCCCUUUUUCCAUGCACAAGGGUGACAUGCUCCCAGUGUGAUCAAGUAUUUUGUUCAUGUGAUCCAUGUUCUAUUAACAUAUGGAACAUGUGACCAUAUUUCUCGAGUGAACAUGUGAAACAUGUGAACAUGUUUUUUAUUUGCUUGUUUUUUAAUUGGUUUUACCAUGAAAAGUUCCAACUUAACAUAUAUGUGGUUUUUCAUGUGACUCGUAUCACAUCACAUGUGGUACAUCGUUUUUCCACAGGUAAAAAUCUUAUGCUUUUUCUGUAAGGGCAAUUUUGAUAUGUUGAAAUCAGGAAGAUCUUGGUUCGCCUUCAUCUUCUUAAACAGAAAAAUACCAACGUCCAUAAAGCAAGACAAAAACAGAAAGGCAAACGUGUAUUUGUUCAGAUGGAGGUGUUGGAGUCGACUGAAGACGGAGCGGCGAUGCUGCAGCCUGAGAUGAGCCUCGGUGACGCGCUGUGACUUCAUCUUGUUCCUGGAAGAAGAACGCUCUCACACCGACUCUUCUCGCUUUCUCAGCCUCGUUGAGGGAGCUGAAAUUCGGAGGGAUGGAGACAGCGAGCGCGUAUGGAGCCACGAAGGCCAGGAGAGUCCCCUUCAAUCCGGUCGCCUUUUUCAUGCAUCCCCGCACCAUCUUCAGACUGCUAUCGUGGGUUUUCUCCAUCGUGGUGUUCAGCUGCAUAGUGAACGAGGGUUACAUCAACAUCGGCAGCGAACGUUUACUGUGCGUCUUUAACAAAAAUGCUCAUGCCUGUAACUAUGGCAUGACUGUGGGCGUGGCCUGUUUCCUUGGCAGCACCUGCUUCCUGAUCCUGGAUGUUUACUUCCCUUCUAUGAGUAACCUCAAGGACCGAAAACGAGCGGUGCUGUUCGACCUCAUCUUUUCUGGAGUGGCCAGCUUCCUGUGGUUUGUUGGAUUCUGUUUUCUGGCCAAUCAGUGGAAGGCCACAUCUCCAGAUGAGCUGCCAUUGGCCCAGGGCUCAGACGCUGCCAGAGCUAUUAUCACGUUUUGCUUCUUUUCAAUCCUAAGCUGGGCCGUGUUGACGCUAAGUGCUCUUCGGCGCCACCUAACUGGCAGCAAUACAAACUUAUUCACCUGGCAGCACCUUGACCGUCUUCCAAACAACAUCCGAGCCACUCCCUACCCCAUCCCCAAUGGAGGCACCAUCGUUACCACCAACCCCUACCAAGCCACACCCUUCACUGAAACCCUGGACCCCCAGAAACUCACACAGCAUAGACCGGUGGCUCCUGUUUUUUAGAAACUCAAAAAGAGAAGAUUUGAUCUGUACGACACAACACACUGAGCCCACCCUAUUGGUUUUACCAUCCCCUCUAGGGCGCAGUUAGAUCCAUUUUCACCAUGGCAACUGCUGGCUAAGCUUAUUAUUCAUACACACACACACACACAGAGAUGUUGAUGCACGUGAGUACAGAUGUACUUACUCACUUAACACCCAUAUGCUGUUGCACAUCUGGAAACACAUGUUCAGAUUCACAAUGAGCAACAUCCUGGCUGCAUGCUUAUUGGGUGAAGUGUAGAUUAACAUAGAUGUAGACCAGUGAUGAUGCUUGACCUGCCUUAUGAAUGGACACAGUGGGAGAGACGUGGAAGCUUUGUAGCUCUUCAUUAAACUCAGGCUGGUCACCCAGCAGCUGAAGGUAUGACCAACAUAUUGUGAGAUGAAUGCAAGAAACAGCAGAACUUGAAGAAAAUAGUUUCUUGACAGUGUGAAAUAUUAAUGUGAUUAAAUAUUUUAUUGUGAUUUGUUGAAUUGGUAAAAAAAAAAAGGAAAUAAACUGUACUUGUCAACACCACAAUCAAAACUGUGAUUCUGCCUGUGUUCACAUGAUCUUCAGAUGUUUUUUUUCUUUCUUAAUUUUUGGUUCCUUCAAUCUUGAAAACAGUUUUUCAAUCUAAUUAUGUAUUGUGAAUGACACCUGAGGAUGUGUUAGGCAUACCAAUCCACAUUUGCUUGGAAGUCCAUAAUUAGAUAGAGCUGUGCUGAAUUCAUUAGCAGUAGCAGGCAGCUGCUGAGUCUCUGUAGUAUUUUUAGAUUGCAGGGCACAUGCUAGAUCAAGACGAUCGUCUUCUAACAAUCUUUAGGAGAAACAAGAGUCAGACAAAAGUCAGAGAGGAAGAGGUUUUAUUCCAGCUCUGUCCAUUCAUGUACAGCUCACUGUGUAUCCCUUGCUGAUAUAAUGCUGGUAAACUGACAUUCAGAAAUGUAGAAAUGCAGCUUUCUUUUAUCAUGUCUGCAGUUUUAAUAAAAUAUAACCUUCUCUACAAACUGUAAGCAUUGUUUCAUCACUUACGUAAGCCCUUUUGUAGUUCCAUCAAAGCACCUGUCUCUCUUUAAACAAUGAAGAGAAAUAGGGGCAAGCUCCAACUUCAGACAACAGGGGGCACUCUAACGCUGCAAAGCUCCACUGACAUAUUUCACACUCAACUGUGUCUGAACUUCUUGUACCCUGAGAAUACAAAGAUGUGGAGAGACGGGGAGUGAAAAAAGUUAAGAUACAAAUAGACAGAAGCAGGGGAGGAAAAUAAGAGGUAGACACAACUAAAGUCCAGGUCAUACCACAAGAUUUUAUCUGAAAGGUUCAAAAAGCAACAUUGAUUUUCCAGGUUGAUGGGGACUGGGCUUAUCCAGUCCUGUCUGUUACAAAAAAAUU